AUGAUGAUCGUCCCUGCGGACGUGUGCCGACACUCCCACCCACCGUGCCUUGGAAGGCAAGGCGCUUUCCUUCCACAUCUCCCUCCAGAUGACGCGCCCUUUUUCCACGGCGGCACCGCCCAGCACCUCUACUCGUCCCCGCGCUAUGGAGAUCUCGAAAUCAUGGUCCCAACCUACCCAGGCCAGGCCGAGAAGCGCACCGAGGAGACUGCAGCCGGGUUGGAGAAGACAGAUGGGCUGAAUAAGUUGGAGGUGGGGCGGAAGUUAUUCGCCCAUCUGCUUUGCAGCGCGACGAUGGUUGUCGCCGAGGUGUGGAAGAUGCCGAUUCCAGUACUCAGAUGA